AAUUUUGUAGGAUUGGUACAUUCGUGAGCGGGCUAGAGUACUCCGCAGAUCAGGAGCUCAGAUUGUGAUUUUUAAACAUCACAGACCUAUCAUAUCAGAGUAAAUGGAGGACACAAAGCCUGAGGAAACGAAUGUGGAGGAGCAGAAAGAUGAGGAGAAUAAGAUCUGUCUAGAAAAAAUGGAGGAAGCCAAACUGAAGGCCAAAUACCCUCACCUGGGUAAUAAACCUGGAGGAUCCGAUCUGCUCAGAAAAAGACUGCAGAAGGGGCCGAAAUACUUUGACUCGGGCGACUACAACAUGGCGAAGGCCAAGACCAAGAACAAGCAGCUUCCAGUGGCACAGACAGAGAAGGCCGAGAUCACCGGAGACCACAUCCCCACCCCUCAGGACCUGCCGCAGAGGAAACCCUCUCUGGUGGCCAGCAAACUGGCAGGCUGAUACCUGCUGCGGUCCUUCACUCCACACUCCCUCUUCCUGUCUCUUCAUCCACAUUUAUCUCCGAUCCUGCAUUCCUGCCCUCGUCCUCUUUCGUUUCCUGUCUUAUCUGAAAAUACACUGAAUAUUCAAGAGUUGCAGAUGUUACAGGGCUGUAAUGCCGCACUGUGAGAUGGGUUGGGUCGUGGCUCCAAAGGCGGUUCUCAAAGUUCUCAAAAGGCCCUCUGAUAUUUUAAAUGUGUCGUAGUAUGUAGUUGAAAGUGUACAUAUUUGCUAGUGAGUGAGGGCAAACAGCAUUUUAGAAGAUGUUCUGCAUUUAAUUCUAACCAUUCCUGUAUUACCCACUGCUUAGAGCAAAGGUCUUCAACCCUGUUCCCGGGGACCCACUGUCCUGCAAAGUGUGUAUCUAACCUGCUUCAGCACAACUGAAUUUCACCCCAAUGUGUU